GCCGCCUAGUCCCCUACCUUAAUUCAUUCAACGAAUCAUCGACUCGAACGGCCCACCUCCACUCCUACUGUCCUCCCCCGUCGGCCAUUCCCACCCUCUUUCUCGUCCGACUCCGGCUCAGUGCUCGCCGCCCUCCGCUGUCAUCUGUCCGGACAUAAAUUCCCUUCCAUUUCUCGCCUCAAGUCUCUUCUCUUUCUUCUUCACUGCUCCAGACAUCUCUCUCUCUCUCUUAUUAAACAUCCUUGAAUCGUCUUGACUUCGGUCAAUUGACACUUUUUGCCACCGGCUUCUUAUCGAUACUUGAUAAGCCCCUCACCUUCACCUUUUACACAUUUUCUCAAAAGAGACCCAAAGCAAAUUCAAGAUGUCCAACCUUCCCAUUGAGCCCGAGUUCGAGCAGGCCUACAAGGAGCUUGCCUCGACCCUUGAGAACUCCACUCUUUUCCAGAAGAACCCUGAGUACCGCAAGGCGCUCGCCGUUGUCUCCGUUCCCGAGCGUGUCAUCCAGUUCCGUGUCGUCUGGGAAGAUGACAACCACCAGGUUCAGGUGAACCGUGGUUUCCGUGUUCAGUUCAACUCCGCUCUCGGUCCCUACAAGGGUGGUCUUCGUUUCCACCCCUCCGUCAACCUUUCUAUCCUCAAGUUCUUGGGUUUCGAGCAGAUCUUCAAGAAUGCUCUGACCGGUCUGAACAUGGGUGGUGGUAAGGGAGGUUCCGACUUCGACCCCAAGGGCAAGUCCGACAACGAAAUCCGCCGCUUCUGUGUUGCCUUCAUGACCGAGCUCUGCAAGCACAUCGGUGCCGACACUGACGUCCCCGCUGGUGACAUCGGUGUCACCGGCCGUGAGGUCGGUUUCCUCUUCGGCCAGUACCGCAAGAUCCGCAACCAGUGGGAGGGUGUCCUCACCGGUAAGGGUGGCAGCUGGGGUGGUUCUCUGAUCCGUCCCGAGGCCACUGGCUACGGUGUUGUCUACUACGUUGAGCACAUGAUCAAGCACGCUACCGACGGCAAGGAGUCUUUCGCCGGCAAGCGCGUCGCCAUCUCUGGUUCCGGUAACGUCGCCCAGUACGCCGCUCUCAAGGUCAUUGAGCUCGGCGGUUCCGUCGUCUCUCUCUCCGACAGCAAGGGUUCCCUGAUUGUCAACGGUGAGGGUAGCUUCACCGCCGAGGAGAUCAACACCAUCGCCCAGAUCAAGGUCGACCGCAAGCAGAUCUCCGAGAUUGCCAACACUGAGGCCUUUGCUUCCAAGUUCAAGUACAUCCCUGGUGCCCGUCCUUGGACCCACGUCGGCAAGGUCGACAUCGCUCUCCCCUCCGCUACCCAGAACGAAGUCUCCGGCGAGGAGGCCCAGGCCCUCAUCGACGCUGGCUGCAAGUUCAUCGCCGAAGGUUCCAACAUGGGCUCCACCCAGGACGCCAUCGACAUCUUCGAGGCCCACCGUGAGGCCAACAAGGGUGCUGCCGCCAUCUGGUACGCUCCCGGUAAGGCUGCCAACGCCGGUGGUGUCGCCGUUUCCGGUCUCGAGAUGGCCCAGAACUCUGCUCGCAUCAACUGGACCUCCGAGGAGGUCGAUGCCCGCCUCAAGGGUAUCAUGGAGGACUGCUUCAAGAACGGUCUCGAGACUGCUAUCGAGUACGCUACUCCUGCUGAGGGCGUCCUUCCUUCCCUCGUCACCGGUAGCAACAUUGCUGGCUUCACCAAGGUUGCUGCUGCCAUGAAGGACCAGGGUGACUGGUGGUAAACAUUCUGCGAAUGUUUUUUUCCCCUAAGUCAGCCUUUUUUGAUUCACGCUUCCAUUGAUACCUCUUGUUUAUGAUGAUGAUUUUGGUUCUUUUGCCUGUUUAAGCGCGGUUGGUCGAUAGAGGCGCCGGUGUUCUUGCCUUUUUUUACCCAUUAUGAUUCUAGACAUGGUUUCAUGCCUUGCACAUAAUCAUGAUUUAUGAAUAAAUAUUAUUAUACUCAAAAUCUUUCCUAUCCGAUUCUCGUAUGAAAGUAUCACAAUUGUUCAGUCUUGUAGUCUUCCC